AUGUCGAAUACCUUCCAUCGAGUUUCACCUUUUGACAAUCCCGAAGCCGCGGAGGUACUGCUGGGAAACACAGCGCUUCCUCAAGACAGUCUGCUUACCUUCUACUACCCAGAUUUGUUUGGCGCUAGAAGGGAAGCAUUGCUUUUCUUCUUUUGGACGCCCCAUGACCAAGGCACUACGAUAUCUACCGCUGAAUCUUCCUCGAUGAUCGCUGAAAGAGACAUCCUGCUCACUGUUGGUCAAUCAGGGCUCUCAACUGAACACCGUGUGGAAGCUGGAACAGAAUACAGGAUUCAUCUCCCGGAACAUUCCAGUGGCAUGACCUAUGCUCAAGGAGGAGAGCUCGUCUGCUUCAUACGUGGAGGAGCCGCCUGA